AACUUUCCCAAAGUAAACUUACACUACAGAACCGCGACAGCACAGGUACCUUUCUUAUACAGCCUCGAAUUCCAAAGCAAACAACCCACCACAUACAACACAACACCCCACAAGAUUUACAGCAUCACCAUGUCAUCAGAAUCGCCCCUCGUCGUCCUCCCGGGCGAGACCAUCGACCCUUCCCUCAUCCCCACCCACAAGAAGAACCCUCUCCGUCUCGGCCCCGGGUUGCGACACAUCCCUCCUAGCGAAAUCGUCCCCACGGUAGCCGGCCAGCUAGUAGUCGACCAUCGCAAAACUUCCAUGUGGAUAGAAUACAAUGGCGGACGCUACAUACCCUCCCAAGGCGACCUCAUCAUCGGGCAAAUCGCCCGCUCCGCCACCGACUUCUACUACGUCUCCCUCUCGCCCUAUACCCCCAACGCCACCCUCCCGCACCUCGCCUUCGAGUCAGCCACCAAGAAAACCCGUCCCCAACUGGCGUCGGGCGAGCUCGUCUACGCCCGUGUGUCUCUGGCCAACCGGCACAUGGACCCCGAGCUGGAAUGCGUCAACUCUUCGACCGGCAAAGCGGACGGGCUGGGCCCCUUGAAGGACGGCAUGGUGUUUGAUGUCAGUCUUGGGUUUGCGAGGAGGUUGUUGAUGGCGAAAAGUAGGGAGGAGGGCAAAGUGGAGGUUCUUGAGGCGCUGGGCGAGGAAGGGUUGGCGUUUGAGACGGCGGUGGGGAGGAACGGGAAGGUGUGGGUGGGUAGUGAGAGUGUCAAGACGGCGGUGAUGGUGGGCAGGGCGUUGAGGGAGACGGAUGAGAAGGGACUGGGGGUGGAGGCGCAGAGGAAGUUGGUGAAGAAGCUGGUUAGGGAGAUGCGUUGAGGAUUCAAAGGUAAAAUGGGUUAAAGGGAACAAUGAUUGUGAUGGGAAGAAGGAAGAGCAUGGCCAGCAGCGGCUGGGUGACUGGCCUGGGAACGCUGCGAAGACACUUUUUCGCAAGAGGCAGGAGGUGGAAAAUCUCUGAUGCCAAGACUCUGCGAGAGUGGCAUGGCCGAAUCUCUCUUCCUGCCAGAAGUGAUUUUCUGCCAUCAGCAAAAGCGGGUUUGAGUCCAGAGAAUCCCCCUCCAGCAAAGUUUGAUACCCCCGAAGAAGCGAUGAACCCCCGUGAGCCGUAUAGAUUCACAGGCUACGAGCCAAGGGUUUUAAUGGAUCGCAGAGUGGCAUUCACGAGUGAAGAAAGGAAGUUCAAGAGAUACAGAUCUUCAGUUGAGAAGACCAAAGUCCAUGGUUGUAUGGGUUAUAGAUGAUGCCCAAUGGCUUUUCGUAACGUAUUAAAGACAAAACGCUGAAGCCACACGCUCCAUAUAGAUGCAUUAUAUACUAUGAAUGGCGUUUCUCGCUUUCCACAAUGAAAAGAAAAAGAC